CUUUUUCUCUGUCAAUAAUUUUUUUUUUUUUUUGGGGCAGAAUCCUGAAAAAGUAUAAGAAUUAUCCCAUCUUUGAUUCUCUCUUCUUCCCCCUCCUUAUUAGUUUCUUCCUUGGGGGAUUCCCUUUUUAUUUUUACCCCCCAUUUUUCUCUCUCCAUUUUUUUCUAAUUUGAAUCCUCCAUAGUUUUAGCAAUGACUUCACUCACCGCCUUUGUCGACGAACACCUUACUGCCGAUCUCAUCAAUAACAAUCAGGGGAAAAUGAAGGAGGAGGAGAGCGAAGAAGUUGAAAGGGGCGAAGUUAGUGCUGUGGUGAUUCAUGAUGGUGUAUGUGCCAUUUGUUUGGAUGAUAUUGAGCUUCAAGAAACUGCCCUUGUUAAAGGUUGCGAGCAUGUUUACUGUGUGAACUGCAUCCUGCAAUGGGCGACAUAUCAUGAGAAUCCUAAAUGCCCACAGUGCAAAAAUCCAUUUGAAUCUCUUAGUGUUCAUCGUUCACUCGAUGGAAACUUGCACGACUACAUGCUUGAAGAAAGUGUAUGCUUGCUUGUGAGAGCCUCAUGGUUUACACCUUUGGUUGUCGAACAUCAAGAUGACUUUUAUGACGAACUGGAGGAUAUUUUGUACUACCAAUACCAGUAUCAAUAUGAAUAUGAGCAUCUCAAUGAUGAAGAUAUUGAGGAUGAUUACUUUCACAACUCACCAAGCCUCCGCAUUGGCAACCGUAGGUGGGGCGAUAAUGGAUACGUAAGGGCGGGUCGCCUAGAGGCCCGACCGGUCCCUAGGUCAAACCCGCAAAACACCGGUGCUAGUUCAUCCCGUCAGAGGAAACAGAAAGAAGUGGUGGAGAAAGAUGUGGAUAAUGUCGGGUCUUCUUCUGAUUCGUCUAAGAAGAAAGAGGUUGGAAAAGAGCUGGUUGGGCGCCGUGCCAAGAGGGCACUGAAGCGCGAGGCUGCUGACAAGGCGGCUGCGGCGAAACAUCAACAGCAUUUGGUUAGGUUAGGUAGGAGUAUUUGAUGAUAUGGGGGUGGCAAUUCGGGUCAAUGGGUCAGUUUCGGGUCUACGGGUCAGGUUUGGCACCCCUUGUACAGUAUCUUUCGUCUCUUAAUUUCCGCGUUGUAAAAAUAACGGCACCAUAGCUGACUGACUGGUUCUGUUUUAGUUUAAGAAUUGUAUACUCUGCUAAGUAGUAGAUAACCUUAGUUAUCAUCAUCAUAACCCAUUUAUUUCUGGGUUGGAACUUCUUCAAGAAAGCUAUUGCAACAACCUUUGAACUUGGUUCUUGUGAAUUCUUUUGAUUUGUUCAUGUAAAUACAUUUAUUGACCGCGUUUCUGUAAAUAUUUUGACUCUUUUUCUUUCCUCUCUUUA